AGGAACGACAUCAGUGGCGGUAGGCCACACAGAGCGCUAGCGCCAAAGAGAGCCGAGGCGGCGAUACCGCGCGGCGCUGCAGCCAAAUGAGAAUCAGUCCAGCGUUGGUCGCCGGCGAGAGCGCAUCUGACAACCCUGUGACAACAGAUACGGGGACGCUCGAGGACAUUUGGGGGAAACGGUCGGCAACAUCCGUUGGUUCGUGAUAACCAUCAUCGAUCCCGUGCGGAUCACAGAAGGAUGUUAACCGUGGUUUCAGCGUCACGGUGCUGACAGUCAGACGCGCUCUGAGAAUCGGCGGGGAUCGGACGGCGGCGCGGAAAAGCUCGGUUAUCGGGAAACUCGGUCGAAUGAGCUGGCUCACCGACAGACGGACGCGUCCGUGAGCCGUGCGACUCGUUUUCUCGUGUAUACCCAUCGCGACUCCGCGACUUGGUGCGGUCUGUUGCUUCUCUCGAAUUCGGGGGGGGAGAGAAUAUUCAUCGGUGGGUAAAGGCGUGAAGGGUUGGGUGGAAGAGGAAAAGGGGGUUGGAAAAAAAGGAGUUGUGUGAAAAUCGAGCCGAGCUAAAAGAGAGAACGAGUACAACGAGUGGAUAAGAGAGGAGAAGAGAUGUCCUCGAUGCCCAACGAUGCCGCACGAAGGCACAACCGAGGCGAAGCUUAGUGCGUGCAAGGUGUACGCGCGGCGAUACGCCGCAGGUGCACGGAGGCUGUCACGUGCCCCUGAUAGAGCGAAAACGAUGCCAUUGCCGUGCUCGAGGCACGUACGUUCAGGCGGACCCUGAGAGAAAACUGAAGACCUCCACGGUCGCAAUUUCAUUCGCGUAAACGUAAAUAAAUCUCAGUGCCUACGCAACACGGGAUCCAGCUGGUACCGUUCCUGUUCGACGCGUUCGCAGCCACGUGCGAGGACAACCGAAUAGUGAGGAGGUGGAGGAGGCGGAGAAGAAGCCGGUGGUGGCGGAGGUGGUGGUGAUCGAGGAAGGAGCGAACUGCUCCGAUUCCUCUAUCGCGCAAACAUGAGACGUUGGACUCUCAUGGCGGCUAUAGCCCUGGCUGCAUCGGGGCUGGUAAACGGCGGUUCUCACGAGAAACGGCUGCUAAACGACCUGCUGGAUACAUACAACGUGCUGGAGCGUCCGGUUGGCAAUGAGUCCGAGCCCCUCGUGUUGAGCUUUGGCCUUACACUAAUGCAAAUAAUCGACGUUGACGAAAAGAACCAAUUGCUCAUCACGAAUCUCUGGUUAAAAUUGGAAUGGAAUGAUGUGAACAUGAGAUGGAAUGUGUCAGAUUAUGGGGGAGUGAGAGACCUCAGGAUCCCACCACACAGACUUUGGAAGCCUGACGUUCUCAUGUAUAACAGCGCGGACGAAGGGUUCGACGGCACUUAUCCGACGAACGUCGUUGUGAAGAACAAUGGGACCUGCUUAUACGUGCCGCCCGGCAUAUUCAAGAGCACUUGCAAGAUAGACAUUACCUGGUUCCCCUUUGACGAUCAACGCUGCGAGAUGAAAUUCGGCUCCUGGACGUACGACGGCUUUCAGUUGGACCUGCAACUGCAAGACGAAGCCGGAGGUGACAUCAGCAGUUUCAUCACUAACGGCGAGUGGGAUCUGUUAGGGGUGCCCGGUAAAAGAAACGAAAUUUAUUACAAUUGCUGCCCAGAACCGUAUAUAGAUAUAACGUUCGUGGUGAUCAUCAGAAGGCGGACUCUUUACUAUUUCUUCAACCUGAUCGUGCCGUGUGUCCUGAUUGCCAGCAUGGCCGUUCUGGGAUUCACCUUGCCACCCGAUUCCGGCGAGAAACUAUCUCUAGGGGUAACCAUCCUCUUGUCCCUCACUGUGUUCCUGAAUAUGGUGGCCGAGACAAUGCCAGCGACUUCGGACGCCGUGCCUCUGCUGGGAACGUACUUCAACUGUAUUAUGUUUAUGGUGGCCAGCAGUGUUGUCAGCACCAUUCUUAUUUUAAAUUAUCAUCAUCGGAAUGCUGACACUCACGAAAUGUCUGAAUGGGUGAAAGUGGUAUUCCUUUAUUGGCUGCCUUGUAUACUUCGUAUGUCACGACCAAGUGAUAAGGAGGAGAGGGAGGCGCAAAAAUCUCAAAAACCGUCUCCAGUCACCGGUAAUUUAGUGACACGAAAAAGCAUCGACACAAGUGCCAGCAAGAGUCACGGUGACCUGGAGCUUCGUCAAAGGAGCAGCAAGUCCCUCCUAGCGAAUGUCCUGGACCUCGAGGACAACGCUCUGGCGUCCCACAAUAAUCUGUUGAACAACGUGUACAGUACCCCUGGCCCCCACCAUCACACGAUGGGCCAUGGGCACAGUCACAUACACGCGACCCCCCAUCAUCAUCACAGCCACGCUGCAACGCCGCAUCAUCAACACUCAACGCCACUGGCACACUCCUCUUAUCCGGCAGCGAUUCAGAUUGGUCACACGCCGCAUCAUCAUCCGCAUCCGCCAGAGACGCCUGGUCCUCAGGUCGAAACGAUACUUCAAAACGCGUGUUUCUGCGCCCGAAACGAGCUCAUGAUGAUCCUCAAAGAGAUUAAGAUAAUCACGGAUCAGCUGAAAAGCGAGGAGUUGAACACGAAGGUGACGAACGACUGGAAGUUCGCGGCGAUGGUGAUCGACAGAAUGUGCCUAAUCAUUUUUACUCUGUUCACCAUCAUCGCAACCAUCACCGUCCUACUGUCGGCGCCACACAUCAUCGUCACGUGAUUCAGAUAUGCUCAGACAACCGGCUUGACCGAGUCGGUGGUCGACGACGAGGAUCGUGUGUUGCGCAUCGGUGCGGACGGCGAGGGACGCGAACAGGACAGAGACGAUUACGAUGACGAUUACGAUUACCACGACUGUAACCACGUAUGGAUCCAAGCUAGGGAAAUUCGAGCAACGUUCAUAACCUGGAUGUCUCUCCUACGCUUAGACAUGCAGCUGAUCGGGGUGUCUCAAACCUCAGGAUCGUGUGUUACGCCUCGUUUCGGGUGAUCCGCACCGUGAUAGGAAGAAAACGAUGCGAGAACACUAGGCUCUUCGUAUUCUUUAUGAUAUACAUACUAUACAUACAUAUAUAUAUAUAUAUAUAUAUAUUAUAAAUAAUAUACAUAAAGAUAAGAGAUAUGUAUAUAUCUCGUCAUGUAGUUCAUUCGAAGAGGACGCCUUAGCGAGACACGUUGAAAAUGCGCCUACAUAACAGGCGCGUUAAAAGGAAACACUGACACAUAUACACAUAUACAUACACGCAUAUACGAACACGCAUGCAGGCCACGCCGAGGUAUCUGCAUCCCUGGCAUUCGUUGUGAUGAUAGG